AUGCGAUUCCGCGUGCCGACGGGUGGACCGACCGUUGCCUCGUUACCUCCAAAUGAGAGUUCGCCCCACAACCUCGCAGAGCAAGGUAUGCUGAAUAUCGCUUUGUCGUAUUUUUCCUGCUCACCGUUUGCAUUUCAUCAGUCAAGGGACCCGGUGGCUGGACGGUUAGCCUCAGUGGCUAUCCAAUACUGAGACAAUUGUAACUACGCUGGAGCUGCCAUCUCGUGUGGAUAGACGGGGAGAGGCUACCCAAACGAGUCUUUAAUGGGGAAGUCUACAUAUGUUUCUGCCGACAAGGAGGUCAACACAGACGCUACGAGGAUACCUUGGAGACCUCCCUGAAGGGCCUGCAAGUCAAUCCGACCAAUUGGGAAGACCUCGUCCGUGACCGUUCGACCUGGAUGAGAAUAGUGAAGCCAAACCCAGACAUCUCCAAAGCUAACAGCGUCAGCAACGCCAAAAUCAAACGCGAAGCUCGCAAAUCACAAACGCUCUCGACUCGCAACGCCAACAGCCAAUUACAGGUUCACUUCGGAGUUGGCGUUGAGGGCGCUGUCAUCGGCGAAGAGAAGUUUAUAAGCAGAAAUUGUGGAUACACGCGGAUGAAAGUGCAUCCACCGCUGAUCAAGGAGUAGGACGUCCGCCUUGUAGACGACGCAGACCCCUAGGCGUUCGUUACGGCAGGCGUCCAUUAAAAUGGCAGAAAAUAUGAAACUGAAGAGGGUAGGCGCAAUACCACAGCCCUGACUCACUCCGUUGGUAAUUGCAAAUGCCUCUUAGGCGGUUCCGUCGUCCGUGAUGCAUGCCCUCAUGGAAAUGAGUCACCAUCUGAGUGACUCGCUCGGGACAGCCGAAUUUUUGCAUGAUUUUCCAUAGUACUUCACAAUUUACCUUGUCGACGGCUUUCGUCGGAUCCACAAAGGCAGAGAACAAUUAGGUCCGCAUCUCCUGGAGCCGCGGGUUAAGAGAGUAGAGUAGAGAUUAGCGAGAAGAAAAGAAGGCAGAUGAGCGGAGCGGAGAACAGGUGGGAAGAAGAAGAAAGGGGCCGUCUUCCAGCAACGGCCCAGUAGCUUACUGAGUGCUUAUGGCCUCCUGCGUGGUCACAUACGGAGCCUCAUCUUAAAGGUGCCGAGGCGACGAUCUAUUCAGUCAGCGAUUGUUGUAGCGGAGCCGAGUAACCGUGUUUGGAGAGGCACACUCGGAUACCUUCACUUGGUUUAGUCCGCCAGUGUGGGCAGUUGCUGGGGUGUGGCCGCUAGGCAGAACCGAGUUUUGUGGGGCCGGUUAAUGGAAGCUAGGAGUAAUCUACCCCUGCAAGCAAGUUAACAAUCUAUUGCGACCAACGCAUGUACUCACAAAUUGACACCCCUAUACCCCAGACACACCUAGCAUGUCUUAUGCAUCCUCCAUGCCUAGCUGAAGCCAUACGCCGUAGCCCAGCGCGCCUGGCACCACCAGCUCCUCUACUGCCACUAUCAACGAAACCGACAGUGAUACCGUCGACUUAUGCUGUCCAAACUGUCCACAUACAUCUACUUCACACAUUUGCUUGAUCUGUUACCUGCAAAUACGGUAAGGAUACCGACCAACCAGUGCCUUGAUCACCCGCAUACAGUCACUGCAUCCGCCUCAGCUGCUCCCGCUGCGCCCGCGCAUUCACCCACCGUAUGGGCCUAUUAGGAUGCAUGCGCAGGUACGAAAACCUGUUGUAGGUAACCGCCAGCCACAUCACACUAUCACGUCCUCCCCCACCAGAACCCGCACCGCAAAUCAAAGUCAUCCAUCGCAGUCACUUAAUGCCACCCGAACGCAAGUUAGAUUUGUGCUUCUUGGCCCCUUCUUCAUGCGGUUCCUCCGCUGCGAGUGGUAUCCGAGUCCGAGACUAUCACGUUGCCUCAAGUACCGUGACUUAGAAGGCUACCAAUCGACAUCCCAACCCUUUCCAUGCAGUCUGUCCAAUUGCGUACGUUUGCGUGGAAUGGCGGACUGGUGGGCUGAGAGUCAGGCUGAAGCGGCUUCAUCUUAACGUGACCUCUGACGCUCUCACCCAUACAAGCUUUAUGUAGCCUACCCCUUUUCUGUGACAUCGUGGUGCUAGUGUCUGGAGGCCAGGACGUACAUGUGGCACGGACAGACAAGGCUACUAGCUACAUCAGUUACUGAACUCAUUGCCCUCACAUGUCACAUGACUGGUUCGAACAAUUGCAGGAGCCUGGGAAUUGGAAGGGAUAGUAAAGUCGACGAUUCAGCGCAUUAACCUUACAAUAAACAACCUGGCGCGCUUUGCGCUAUCACGGUGCGCUAAAAGCCGUGGCUGGGAAGGUUGCCAACUUACUGGAUAACUCAGGCGUCGCAGUCAACCCGGUGUGUGUUUGCGUGGAGCGACCGGCCGGUGAUCUAAGUAUGCACGUAUGUAUGUAUGUAUUUGAAGGGUUAGAUGCAGAUCCCUUGACGAGCCUAGUUAUGUAUAAUGCUUUCACAGAUCUGCAUUCAAAAUAAUAUUGCAGACAUUUACAAUGUGAUCGGAUCACAGUGCGAUCAUAAUGAUAAGGAAGCGUAUCUGUUCACUGUAAGUCAGUACGGAAAGCUUGUGUAUGACCAAAUGUUUUACAAAGCUGGCUGUGAGUAUUUAUUUUGAAAAGCCGGCUACUGCCAAAAAUCAAGCGAGCAAAUUUUCUCUUAGACAUGCAAAUUUUAUCGACCACCACUAUCUCACGUGGUAGCAAGCUUCAUGGUCGGACAACUCACUGGCUGAAUGAAAACUUCCUACGGUAUAGCCGCUUGCGUUCACUCCUGACUUUGUAGGCAUGACCGCCUAACUGGUUUGUAUGUGCAAACUCAAAGAAGCCCUCCGUUCUUAAUGAGCAACCUUGUACACGGGCGAUCCGGAAUGUCCAGAGUAAACGCCAGUUUAGCUGCCUUAAAGAGAGAAAGGGAAUAAUUCAAACACAUUCAGCCUCUUCCGAAAAAACAAAUGCUUUAGACGGUUGACCAUCCUUGUUGCUCUGCGUUGCGCAUGUUUGAGUAAGUCAGUAUCCUUCUUUGUGCAUGAUGAGACUGCUGGAAUUCCAUACUCCAGAUGGGGUCUAAAAAAGACGCCAAAAGUCUUUCGAAGUGUUCAGGAGCGAGUACUUUAAAUGCAAGUCUGAUCAAGUGCAAAGUACUAUUCUCCUUCUGGAACAUCUUCCUUCAGUUUUCUGGUGGCAUUAGAUUUGUGGUCGUCCAUGUACCCAGAUAUCUGUGCCUUUCUGCAAAUUCCAACGCGGUCCUGUAGCAGCCGCUCCAGUCCCCCUUUUCUCCGGCUCCGUUUUUUCGGUCGAUGACCGCGAUAAGCACUGACAGGCCGCUGGCGCACGACCACACCCGCCGGCUAGAACUGGGACACCUCCGGUCCAGCUGCAGUGAACCCCGGCUGCACUCAAAAACUAGUAUCGCCUAACGCGCGUCGAAAGCUUUGGCUUGAUUCCCGUGAGGCCUUGUGAUUAUGCGCCCUCCAUUCGUCCCCUAAUUAGUCCAAUCACACGACCACCACGCAGACAGUAACCCCCUCCUGCUGACUUAGACACACACACUCGCGUUAACAAGACACACCCUGACUGACGCUCUCCGUGAACGGACGCUUUUCUCUGUUGCAAGCAAGUCGCCAACUUACGGCAACCUGCCCUGUGUACAGAAUAAACUAGUCCUCACAGCUCCCUGACUUCUGACAGUAGACGAAACGAACUUAUUGUGCGUGGUUUAAGUCGAUCUCACAUCCUUGACCGCCACAAAUUGGUGUAAUGAUGCUCGGGAGGGGCUUUUCGGCCGAUGCUUAGGCGCAAGACCACGCAUUUUGACACGUUAGACUUCAAAAGCCACCUGAUCGACCAAAUACUCAGUUAGUCGAUUUUCGAUUGCAGUUUCUUUGCGUCGUCAUCGCAUUUGACUUCACAUCAUAUUUUUGUGUCGUCUGAAAACAUAAGGGCUUCACAAUCCAGUUCUCUGAUGCAGUCAUUAACAUUAAUCAAGAAGAGUACUUGGCCUAAAUCAGAACCCUGCGAGACACCACUUUCCACCUUUGCCCAUUCCGAAGUAAAAUUACCAAUGGCCACUUUUCGCACUCUGAAGGACAGAAAACUCCUGAUCUAUUAAAAACUUCUUCCUUGACUUCUUACAUCUCAUAUCUACUGUAAAAGAAGCCUGUGUGGGAUACUAUCAAAGGCCUUUUCUCAAGAUAAAAUAGGACAUCCACCGGAUACCCUUGUCGGUAUUCCUUGUCGAUUUCCCGUGCACGUAAAGAAUACUCAUUAGGCAGGAGCAUCCUGGGCGGAAACCAUGUUGGACAUUGCACAAUAUUUUGUUUUCUCCAAGUGUGGCAGCAAAUGUCUCUUGUUAAUUCCUUCCAUUAUUUUACAUGCGAUGCAAAUAGGACUGACGGGACGAUAUUUCUCACAGUCAAGUCGUGAACCUCCUUUAUGAAUCCGAGUGAUGAGUGUGUACUUCCGUUUCUCCAGGAGCUCGCAUUCGUCAAAUGGCCUUUGAAAUAUUGCAGACAAUGGCUCGCACAGUGCAUUAACACGUUCACGAUGUGCAAUUAUGAUAAGUACAUCUGGGGUAGGCGCUUUCCAGGUUUCAGUCGGAGUAGUUCGGCCCUAACUAUGGUCGGUGAAAAGAGGGUAGGGAUGGGUGAGAGGGGGAAGGGGAUUAGGAGAAGACGAUGGUUGACGAACGGAUAGAUGAGCAAAUCUGGAACUAGGUUCUCGUGUGAAGAGGGACGUUUUGACAUGGUAAUCGGUCUCUUCUUUUCUAUCUGCAGACCUAACGGCAGCGAUCAGCCCGUAAGUGCUUUCCGUACUAUGUAUAUGGCCAUAUAAAAUGUUCAAAGGCUCCAACGAAUUUUACAUAAUGUUUAGUUCGAACUUUCUUCGCAGUCCGUAACCCUCACUUUUACAAACGUUGCGCUGCUGCUGAUAUUGCCGGAAGCGUUCUUUGAAGCCUGUUAGUUUGUAACGCCUCCACAGCCGAUUCAUUUUUUCGAAAGACGUCUUUUAGUCCGGGUUUAUCCACCUUGGGUCCCUUAGUAAGGAACUGCAAUGAUCCCUUCUUAAUGCGGCCUUUGUGGAACCCCCAUUCCGUGGGAUCCGGCGGGAUGUGGCGGUGUGUGUAAGUGCGGCUCCGACCGUGCCAGCCACUCGCGCCAUUCACCGGAUGAGGUAAUCUUGACUAGUUCAGGACGUCAGGCCCAGGUGGGGAAGAGGUAAUUUGGUAGAUGCUGCGAAAGUCUACCGUCACUAUGAGUUAAUUCAUUCGCAAUUCACGGCUCCUGAUUCGCCUUGCAGUUUAGCACACACUGGACAUCGUUGGGCACGGCAGUCGGACUGAAGAAGAGGUCAGACUUUUCAAUCUCAUCUUCUUCCUUGAAAACAGGCAAGGAAAACUGGCGUAGGUGCUCUGGCUUACGGGUAUUUUCGAUAAUGUCUCAGCCGAUUUUUCCUUUGGACGUUGCAAACGUCCAUCAGGGCUUUGACCUACUGCUAAUAUAGAAGAAGAAUCAUUUCGGCCGGCCUACGCUCCGUUCCUAGUUCAAGUUUCAUAUUUUUUUCGAGAUUUACGAUCAUUUGAUUAUAUUCCCUUCUGCUUCGGCAAACUCCUUUCAAUACGAUUGCAUUGUUACUACGAACCCGACCUAAUGUUCGUUCUUCCCGUUCAUAUGCCCCCUCAUAUCUCACGUUAGAGAGGCAAGCCAACUUGCCUUUUGGACAUCUUUACUCGAACAGUUACCAUGAGUAUCGGCGCCAAUGAACACCCGAAAGUCAAGUAUAUUUGUUUGUGGUGCUUAUUUUACGGCGGACCAUAGACAUACUGCCCGCGAACGCGUAUACUAUGCUUUACACCAAAACACGGCCGUUUAUUUAAAAACCAGUAUUGACAAACUAAAUGCGGCCUCCACAUAUUGAAAAGAAUGUGAAUCUUCACAUGUGAAUUAACAGGAUUAUUGCGGUAUCUAAAUUUGUCCUCCUAGUGCAGAGAUGCAUUUGUGCAAAAAAUUUCCCCACUGAAAUUGAUACACCCUCCCAAAAAAUGUCCGAGGACAUAUGAUAUUAGUCUCUGCAUGAUUUACUUCGCUUGGGAAGGACAUGGCCGGCAUGACAUAUUUAAUGAUAAGGUGCGACGCACACCAUCCGAAAAUUAUUAACCACCCAUGCAUCAGUUAUCUUGUCUCAUGAAUUUGAUUAUCUUGGACAUAAAAUGGUCUUUAGGCAAGUUUGUGCAGUUCUGUCACUCACACAGGCAAUUUGUUAAUCAACGGCUUUGACGGUAACUAGGGAAACUGAAAGAAUGUUUGGAAAAUGUUAAACCAAAAAAACUAAUGGGCUACCUUCUGCUAGCUUUAUUUCCUUUGAGUAUAAGUAAGCACACUCACGUUCUAGUUAAACUAACCGGAUAAUCUUACGAUAAUAAAAAUCAGCGAGCGUCCUAUGUGAUAAACUUAUAACUUUUUGCUUCAAAUACAUUAAUGAAAUGCGCCAAGUUGGUCACUAAACUUGCAAAACAAUGCGAGCCUUAAGCAGAAGUGACUGGGACCCCUAGAAAUUCGGUAAAACUUUUCUGCCGCAAACAAUUGUCUCAUAGGUGUCCGAGGCGAAGGACUGUAGGGUUUAACCAUCCUUAGGACGAGGUGGCUAAUUUCACUGACCAAAUCCGCAAGAGAAAUGUCCGAAUGAUAAUAAUAAUGCCACUAGUAUAAGUAUAGAGGCACAGCUAAUUUUCGUUGCAUUCAGUCCCAAGACUUUUUCAUUCCAACAAAAUUUAAUUUUCAGAGGUCUGCUGGACAGAAAUGACUAAUAUAUAUAUAUAUAUAUAUAUAUAUGUUUGCAGGAGUGCAUUUAUAUUUAUUUUUCUACUGAACCCCUGUAAAUUUGAGUUCAUCAACGUCCUAGAUACCGAGCGCGUUCUUCAAAUUUAUUGUUUGUAUACACCAUCAAAUUCAGAGUAUCCGUUGAAAAUGAGCCCAACGAUACGGCAGAUUAAAAUAACCCACCGGAGAACUUCAAGGUCAAAGUGGUGAAUUAAAAUAAACUUAAUCCUGUUCUACAGAUCUUGACAUAUAAUCCUUGGUACGCACUUAUGGCGACAUUUGUGAUUGCAAAUAAUCGUGUUUGGCUUCCGGUUAACGUCCUUACUCAAGGAACGAAGUGGGAAUAUGAUGCAGAGUAUAUGCUGGAGAGGUUGACCAUUUGCACGUUUGCCAGUAACAUGCGACCAAGGCCAGCAAGUCAUAUAAUAACUGUUUUAUUGAAGACUUGUGUGGAUAUUACUGAAAUUAGUAGAUGUGCAAAAAUAGUCAUGCCACUAACUGGAUAAAUAGGAUGUCCUCCGUACUCUUCACAUGGGCAUAAAAUAGCAGGCAAAUUUUGACAAAUUCUGAUAAAUUCACUUAUAUUUAGUGGUUUAAAUGUCGACGUGCUCCCCUAACUGCGCAUUAUGUAAACGAAAUGCAAAGUGCAUACAAAAAUACUAAAAACCUUCAAAAAUCGCAUAACCUUCGAAAAAUUUCAAGGAUGAGUCUCAGGUCGAAGCGUUUUGUACCACGUGAUUAUUGCUCAUUAGAAACAAAAGUUGUCGUGAUUCGUUUUGAAUUUGUUCAUUUAUUACAACAAGAGAAUUUCUAACGAAGGCUGUUCGAUUAAUGAGUCGUCUAGAUGACUUGGGAAACAGUUUAAGGAGUUUCUAAUAAGAUUAGCAAACGGAGCUUAACAAUAUGCAAUACCGAUAUUUGUGGCGGUGCAUCGUCUACGUGGUGAGCUGUACAUCGAUGAUAAGCUCUUGGAGAAACUGUUUCUAGUAGGUCUGCCAACCGAUAUUAAAGUCAUUCUAGCAUUCGGUUCAGAAUGUUCCUCGGUCCCACGGCAAGCCGAGAUGGACGACAGGAUUUUGGAGAUGCAGCGACUCCAGCCGUCAUCCGUUGCCUAGUUCUACAUUUGCGCGUCACCAAAGACAAAUGAGGAGACCUUGACGCAGACGACAUCCGUGGGAAAAGAGAUGGCAGUCCCCAAAUUCCAGCUCGUUUGCCUUAGUUCUCGCCAACCACUCAGCGCUCGCCAUUCCCGUCCACAACCUCGAACUGCCGGCGUCUGUUUGUACUAUACGAACAUUGAUGCCGAUGUGCUCCCAUGUUCCACUCCCUAAUAGUUCAAGUUCAAAAAAGAAACUAGAUAGCCAGAGAAUAGGGGUAACGGCCUCCUCUGGCUUCUUCGGCUUUGGUCGCACUCACUGUGUCUGUGAAAGGUGAUUCGCAGACGUUUCCUUGUAGACGCCGGUGAUCAAAUCAGUGUUGUCCCUCCAACUCUGGCUGACCGUAGCGCCUCAGCGCCGAUAUUUACUUUCAAGCUGUCAACUGCUCCCAAUUCCCACAUUCGGUUGCCUGUUCCUCACACUGAAGUUUGUAAUUCCUCAGUUGUUCUACUGGAGGUUUGUUUUGCUGAGGUCCAUCAUGCAAUCCUUUGCUCGGAGUGUCUACUGAGUUUAAUCCCCUUAUAAACCGUCGGCGUUCUCGACUCCUCGACUGCAAAACUGAUCUCUCUGUUCAUGGAUUGGGUCAUUUUAGUAUCUCGAGUAAUUUAUCAGUUGUGGAUACAGGUAUUACUUACCUCUAUCAAGAGCUUCCCCUUCAACUUCCGAAAAUUGCAAACCAGCAGUUUCAUGACGUCGAGAUCCAGCAUGGCUUUCUGUACCGUAUCCGCAUCUUAGUGUCGCCUGUUUCCGCUCUGCCUAGACAAUUAACGUCGGCCCGUCUGGAAGCUGCAAAGGCCGAGUUUGAGCAAGUGAUGCGGCUGGACGUUAUCCGACCGUCCGAAUGUCCCUGGGCGCCCCGUCUGCGCAUGAGGCCUAAGGUUACAUCAGACGACUGGCUGUCCUGUGGUGACUACCGUGUUAUCAACGAUGCCGUCAUUUCAGAUCGGUCUCCAGUGUCUCAUGAUCAAAAUUUGCUCGAAGCCCAUUUGGUGAAGUAG